CACGAGUAAAUCGAACUGCGGCAGCUCUUCCACGUGAGUUUAUCAAGAGUCAGUCAGUUGUGGUAAUGGAUAAACUAACAGAUCAAUCGAAUGUUACUGAGGAAAAAGCUAAAGCAGUGAAAAGAAAAGUGUCGUUAAUAGUCUGUGAAUCCUGUGGAUCAGAAGAAGCAAAAUAUAGGUGUCCAGGGUGCCUUACACAUUCGUGCAGUUUACCUUGUGUGAAAAGACACAAAUUGGAAGUGGGCUGCAAUGGCAUGCGUGACAGAGUUGCAUUUGUUCCUCUUGGAAAAUUCAAUGAAAUGAACCUUCUAAGUGAUUACAGAUUUCUGGAGGAUGUUGGAAGACAAACAGACGGUGCAAAUAGAGAUGAUCUUAUCAGAAAAUUCACAUCAAACAAAUAUGUAAGCUGCUUUUCUGAUAAUAAUCCUGGAGAGGCUGUUUUAAUAUUUUGUU